GCCAGAGUGAAACGUGUGUGACGUCACGGCUCUACCUGAGUUUCGUUAAGGGAAGCGGAAAAGGCGUAAACUGCUCGGCCUGCUCGGGAAAUUAUCAGAAUUGUUCUCCCGUGAUAAGAAGUAUCUGUGGGUCAUCUAUACGUUUACCUGGAUUGCAAAGGACAUAGAAGUUCCAACGUUUUGGAGAAUAAUAUUUUCCAGAAGCUUGGGGUUCUACCUUUUCCCAGAUCGAAAGUAUUCUACUUCCUGGUCACGUUCAACAGCAGACAAUAAGCAUGGCAUUGACCCCGCGGCGUGUCCGGCUCAAGCCCUGGCUAGUGGCCCAGGUGGACAGUGGGUUCUACCCAGGCCUGGUGUGGAUUGACCGAGACAAUAAGCGCUUCAGGAUCCCCUGGAAACACGCUACACGGCACACCCCCCAGCACGAGGAAGAAAACACUAUUUUUAAGGCCUGGGCGGUAGAGACCGGAAAGUUCCAGGAGGGUAUUGAUGAUCCUGACCCUGCCAAGUGGAAAGCUCAGCUCCGCUGCGCCCUCAACAAGAGCAGAGAGUUCAACCUUGUCUACGACGGCACCAAAGAAGUCCCCAUGAACCCCCUGAAGAUCUACGACAUCUGCGACCUCCCGCAGCCCCUCAGUAACCCAGGAUCUUCAGACCCUGGGUCUUGGACACCAAAUGAUGGGGAUGAAGAUGAAUCAGAUGGCUCAGAGCCCCUCCCUCCUUAUCCAACAUCCAACGGCACCAGCCCCGCUCUUAUGUGGUCUCCACCACCGGGGUCUGUAUCGCCCCUCCAACCCCCCAGCUGCCCCCCAUCAGUUGAAGUGUGGCCCAAAGAGGAAGUUAAGCUGUGGCCCAAAGAGGAGCCUUUGGAUGUAGAGAUGCAGCCUUCGCCCCUGGAGAUGGCGCCCCCCCCCCCACUGGACAUGCCUCCCCCUCCCAUGCCUGACGUGAUGUUCGCCUCCCCAGAGAUGUGGAUCAGCUCCUUGCCUAUGACAGACCUGGAGGUACAGUUCCAGUACCGGGGUAAGGAGGUGUGUCCAGCCAUGACGGUCAGUAACCCCCAGGGCUGUAGGCUUUUUUACGGGGACCUAGGUCCCAUGGUCAACCAGGAGGAGCUGUUUGGCCCUAUCAGCCUGGAGCAGCUGAGGUUCCCCUCUACUGAGCACAUCGCCAACGACACGCAGAGGGUCUUCACCAACCGCCUGCUGGACGUCAUGGACCGAGGCCUCGUCCUGGAGAUCAGCGGCCAUGACAUCUAUGCCAUCCGCCUCUGCCAAUGCAAGGUGUACUGGUCAGGCCCCUGCGCCCCCAACCCCAAAGCACCCAACCUCAUAGAGAGGCAGAGGAAGAUCAAGCUGUUCUGUCUGGAGUCCUUUCUCAGCGAUGUGAUAGCCCAUCAGAGGGGCCAGUCGGCCAGCCCUCCUCAGUUCGACAUCAACCUGUGCUUUGGAGAGGAGUGGCCUGACAGCAGACCCAAAGAGAAGAAGCUCAUCAUGGUGCAGAUCAUUCCUGUGGUAGCCCGUAUGAUCACUGAGAUGUUCUCAGGCGACUGCAUGCGCUCCUUCGACAGCGGCAGCGUGCGCCUGCAGAUCUCCAUCCCAGACAUCAAGGACAACAUCGUUACCCACCUGAAGCAGCUGUACCGCCUGCUGCAGACCCACCAGGGCCAGGAAGGCUGGCCUCAGGCUCUGGCCCCAGGAGCCAGCAUGCACCUGCCCCAGGCCCUGCAUGCCCAGUGAAGUAGCCUAGUCCACCACGGGCCUACCAGGCCAGUUAGUCUCUCCACACACACACACACACACACACACACACACACACACACACACACACACACACACACACACAGCUCUGUCUGGACACUGCUGCCUCUCUACUGCUGGUCCAAAAGGGGAUCUAUAAUCAGCAAACUAGUACUUAUGUUUAUAGAGGCAUGUUCAUCAGAAUAGGGAGAGGGAUCACAUCGAUUUAGCUUAUUUUCCCCCUUUUGUUAUUAUGGUCUAUUAUAGGGUUCGUUGGUCCAUGUGUAUAUAUUGUGGUAAAUGCUGCUACCAGGCAUUGUAAUUAUACUGUGGCAGUCAAUAAAACAUGGUGUGAUGAUAGUGUCUGUCUGCAGUUGUAAGCUCUAGGGCCUUGAACUAGAGCAGCAUUAUGGGUCAAAGUCCUGUAGGCUGCAAGUCAACAUUGAACAUCGUCAAUGAGUUACAGACAUAACCCUGGUCGCCAGUUACACAAUACAGUCAGUGACUUCUGAAUAAUCAUCAAGCUUUGUCCUGGUCCUUGUUGUUCAUAAAACAUGAUCUCGUUCUCAUGUUGGCUACCUGUUUGAGUGCUAAUGCAUUUCAGUAGAUUUAGUUGAACUUUUAUCAAUAAGUGAUGCAUACAUAUAUUUUGUUAUCCGUUUAUUAUAAACAAUAUAAAGAAAAAGUAUCUGUGUGACAUUUUGCAUUUUAGGUCAUUUAGCAGACACACUUAUCCAGAGCGACUUACAGGAGCAAUCAGGGUUAAGUGCCUUUCACAAGGGCACAUCAACAGAUUUUUCACCUGGUCGGCUUGGGAUUUGAACCAGCGACCUUUCAGUUACUGGCUCUUAACUGCUAGACUACCUACCGCCCAUGACUGUUGAGAUCCAUUGCUUCAUGUGAUUCUAACUGGUCCUGCUAGGUAUGUGAACAGUUUACUAUAACUUCGUUUUUUGUGGAGAUCAUUUAAAGGCACUAGUAGAGAAAAUCAUUUAAAUGUUGAUUUUCCACAUGUAUAUCCUACACUUAUCAUUAUAUGGAAUUAACUAUUUGUUUUGGCUUAUGAAAAUAGUAUAAGGGGUGUGCACUUAAUGUUAGAAAGGAUCUCAACUCUUUUUCUGUCUAAUGAUUUGUAUUUUCCUUUUUUUGAAAUAAAAAUGUCCAAAACUA